AGGUCCCGAAGGCCCGAACCUUAGGAUCGCCGGCGAACCACCGGAGCUGAGCCCCACAAACAUCACUGUACCACACGGUUUGGUGGUGUGGCGACUGGCGACGAAGCGCACAAGAACAAAACAAGAGGGCGAGAAACAUAGGGAGAAAGGAGGAGAGGAACGGAGAGCUGGAAAAGGCAGGAAAGACCCGGCUUUUGACCCCAAGUACCCUGUUGAGGGCAAUGGCGGCCACCUCCGAGGAGGCAAUCAAGCAGUUCUCGGCGCUCAUGGAGCAGCAAUGUGCAUCAAGGAAAUCUGAGAGGGACUUUGAUGCGUUUUCUGAAGGCUAGAGAAUGGAGUGUGCCUAAAGCUUAUAAAAUGCUAAUGGAUUGCUUAAACUGGAGAGUACAGAAUGAGAUUGACAUCGUGUUAGCUAAACCCAUUCUGCCAUCUGAUAUAUAUAGAGUUAUUCGGGACACGUUACUUGUUGGAUUGACAGGGUACUCCAAGCAGGGACAACCUGUUUAUGCAUUUGGUGUGGGUCUUAGUACUUUCGACAAGGCCUCGGUGAACUACUAUGUGCAAUCACACAUACAGAUGAAUGAAUAUCGAGAUCGUGUUGUCCUGCCGGCUGCAUCAAAGAAGUUUGGGAGACAGAUUAAUACCUGCUUGAAGGUUAUGGAUAUGACUGGCCUCAAGCUGUCUGCACUGAGCCAAAUAAAGAUGUUGACGAUGAUUACUACUGUUGAUGACCUUAAUUAUCCUGAGAAAACGGAAACUUAUUACAUUGUAAAUGCUCCAUAUGUUUUUUCAGCGUGUUGGAAGGUUGUGAAGCCACUCUUACAAGAAAGAACUAAAAAGAAGAUCCAAGUCCUGUAUGGCUCUGGGAGGGAUGAGUUACUGAAGGUCAUGGACUACGAGUCACUUCCGCACUUCUGCAAGAGAGAAGGGUCAGGUUCAUCCAGCGACUCGCUGGAUGGAGUAGAUUGCUACUCCUACGACCACCCUUUCCACCAGCAGCUGUACAACUACAUGAAGCAGCAGCAAUCUCUGAAUCAGGACUCCGUUGGUCCCAGAAAACAAGGCUCGGUCCACGUGGAUGUGCCCUCGCCUGGCCUUGAGGAGGCCAAGAUUGCGGAGACGAUCAAAGCAGAGCUCCAGAAUUUGAGGGGAAGCGGCGGUCUCGCCCAUUCAUUCAGCAGCAUCCAGAUCGAAGGUCCAUGAGGGCGCGCGCCAGUGACCCGAAGAGAAGCUCUUGGUAAUGGUGCCUCCUGCUUGCAGUCACUGGCUGCAGGCUUGACCGGGGCGAAUAGAGAGCGGGAUUCUAAUAACUGUAUCCGCGAUUGUUGUGAUUUCUAAUUAACCAAGUGGGCGUGUAUCGCCAUGCUUGUACUAUCCCUGUAUGUAUGUAUAUAUAACGGCCAACUGGACGGAGUUUAUGUAACUCCCUGCUAAUUACUUAGAAUGCUCAUCUUUUAUUUUACUCCAAUAUAGUGAAAAUUUCGCUUA